CAUUACCACAUGGACAUCAUUUUAGAAAAUUUCAAAAAGACGGGGAAAUGCAACUUGCAAUUGGGAAAAGAAAGCCUGGUAAACGUGAUGGGAUCAUUUGCACUGCCGAAAAACAGCAAAUACACAAAAACUGUGAACCAAGGGCUGUUGGAGAUCAUAGAGGCUGGAUUAGUCGACUACUGGGAUGUCAUGCUCCGACCUAUGCCGCUUCAGUGUUUGAAAAAUAUCGGAAAAGGCAGCAACAUGUUGAAAUUAAAGAGUAAAAAACCGCCGGCUCUGACCCUCAAGAAUUUGACUGGAGCUUUUGUCAUUCUGCUGUUGGGAUUUAGCCUUUCAUUAUUGGCAUUUCUUUGCGAGAAAAUCGUUUCAAUGCCUAGCCGCAAUCGCCGACGCUUGGAACAAGCUAAAAUGAAAUUCGUCAAUAAAUCGGCAAACACUUUUCAAGAAAAGUCUGCGGCAAUCAAAAUAAAAGGAGAAACCAUUUCAACACCCGCACCAAUGAAACAAUAACUAUUUGAUUCAUCCUCUUACUUUUUCUUAGAUGCAACCUUCGCCCGCUUAUACUGAAACACGCAAAAAUCCAAAGAAUGUUGGAACACAUCACACCACGUAACACAAAACAUUUUGUGGCUUAAUCAAUACACAUAUUUGUCGUAGUG